GCGGCUCGGGAUUGGCCAGUCCCCGGGAGGUCCGCGGUGGCGGGAGUUUUCGGAUGUGUUGGCUGCGGCCCCGGCGGCAGCGGUUGGGCUGAGCCGAGCCGGUGGCGUGGGCGGAAGAACCGGGAAGCGAGUCCGCGGAGGAUCCUUGAGCUCCCGUCUGUGGUUUGCAUAGCGGCCGCCUUCUUCCCUUUUCCCAGAACUGCGGGGAAAUAUGGAUCGGCACCGGCCGCGACUGCACCACCCGACUCAGGGCUCCGCCGCCGGGGUCCCCUAUCCCUCCUCCGCCUCGCUCCGCAGCUGGCGGGAAAGCAAGAUGCCGCGCAGGAAGGAUCCCCAACACCCUCCGCCGCCCGGAGGCACGGAGGUGCCUGGAGAGAAACGCCCCAAGUUUCAUUUAAAUAUUAGGACACUGACAGAUGACAUGCUGGACAAAUUUGCCAGCAUAAAAAUUCCAGGGAGCAAGAAAGAGAGACCUCCACUUUCCAACCUGAAGACUGCGUUUGCAAGCAAUGAUUGCUCUUCAGGGAUGGAGGAACACCUUCCAAAGCCGCUGUCGGAGAACGAAGUCUUAGAACUUUUUGAAAAGAUGAUGGAAGAUAUGAAUUUAAAUGAAGAUAAGAAGGCACCUUUGCGGGAAAAGGACUUCAGUAUCAAAAAAGAAAUGGUGAUGCAGUACAUUAAUACUGCUUCCAAGACAGGAAGUCUUAAGAGAAAUCGGCAGAUCUCCCCUCAGGAAUUCAUCCAUGAACUGAAAAUGGGGUCUGCAGAUGACAGACUCGUCGCGUGCCUGGAGUCCCUCCGUGUAUCUUUGACUAGUAAUCCUGUGAGUUGGGUGCAAAGCUUCGGACAUGAGGGACUUGGAUUAUUACUAGACAUUUUGGAAAGGCUGAUUAGUAGCAAAUUACAAGAAAAAGUUGUAAAGAAGAAUCAGCACAAAGUCGUACAGUGCCUUAAGGCUUUGAUGAAUACACAGUAUGGCUUGGAAAGAAUUAUGAGUGAAGAGAGGAGUCUUUCUUUAUUAGCCAAAGCCAUCGAUCCCGGGCACCCCAAUAUGAUGACAGAUGUGGUUAAACUCCUCUCUGCAGUGUGCAUUGUAGGGGAGGAAAGCAUCCUAGAAGACGUUUUAGAAGCUUUAACAUCAGCUGGAGAAGAAAAAAAAAUCGACAGAUUUACUUCUAUUGUGGAAGGCCUUCGGCACAAUUCAGUUCAACUGCAAGUAGCAUGUAUGCAGCUCAUCAAUGCCCUGGUUACAUCUCCUGAUGAUUUGGACUUCAGGCUUCACAUCAGAAAUGAAUUUAUGCGUUGUGGAUUGAAAGAGAUAUUGCCAAAUUUAAAAUGCAUUAAGAAUGAUGGCCUGGAUAUCCAACUUAAAGUUUUUGAUGAGCAUAAGGAAGAAGACGUGACUGAGUUCUUCCAUCGCUUUGAAGAUAUUAGAGCUGAAUUUGAUGAAGCAUAUGAUGUUUACAACAUGGUGUGGAGCACAGUUAAGGAAACUAGAGCAGAGAGAUAUUUUAUUUCUAUUCUUCAGCAUCUUUUACUGAUUCGAAAUGAUUAUUUUAUAAGACAGCAGUACUUCAAAUUAAUUGACGAGUGUGUGUCUCAGAUUGUAUUACAUAGAGAUGGGAUGGAUCCAGACUUCACAUAUCGAAAAAGAUUAGAUUUAGAUUUAAGUCAAUUUGUUGAUAUUUGCAUAGAUCAAGCAAAAGUAGAAGAGUUUGAAGAGAAAGCAUCAGAAUUUUGCAAGAAAUUUGAAAAAGAGUUUACUGACCACCAAGAAACUCAGGCUCAAUUGCAGAAAAAAGAGGCAAAGAUUAAUGACCUGCAAGCAGAGUUACAAGCUUUUAAAUCUCAGUUUGGUGACUUGCCAGCUGAUAUAAAAACCUCUUUGCCAUGGUCAAAAGAAAAUGAAGCCAUCCAGCCAGCACUUCCUCCUCCAGCACCACUGCCCCCUUGUGGAGCCGUGCCUCCUCCGCCCCCACCCCCUCCUCCGCCCCCUCCGCCCCCCCCACCCCCGCCUCCACUUCCAGGAAUGCCAAUGGCAUUUAGUGGUUCUGUGCCUCCUCCACCUCCCCUGGGGUUUCUCACUGGACGAAACUCUCCUCCACCUACCCUACCAUUUGGGUUAAAACCAAAGAAAGAAUUUAAACCUGAAACUAGCAUGAGAAGAUUGAACUGGUUAAAGAUCCGACCUGAUGAAAUGACUGAAAAUUGUUUCUGGAUAAAAGCAAAUGAAAAUAAGUAUGAAAAUGUGGAUUUACUGUGUAAGCUUGAAAAUACAUUCUGUUGCCAACAAAAAGAGAGAAGAGAAGAGGAAGAUUUUGAAGAGAAGAAAGCUCUUAAGAAAAAAAUUAAAGAACUUAAAUUUCUAGAUUCUAAAAUUGCUCAGAACCUUUCAAUCUUCCUGAGCUCAUUUCGGGUACCAUACGAAGAAAUCAAAAUGAUGAUAUUGGAAGUGGAUGAAACACAGUUGGCAGAGUCUAUGAUUCAGAACUUAAUAAAGCAUCUUCCUGAUCAAGAGCAAUUAAAUUCAUUGUCUCAGUUCAAGAGCGACUAUAACAACUUAUGUGAACCCGAGCAGUUUGCCGUUGUGAUGAGCAACGUGAAGAGCCUGCGGCCACGGCUCAGUGCUAUUCUCUUUAAGCUUCAGUUUGAAGAGCAGGUGAACAACAUCAAACCUGACAUCAUGGCUGUCAGCACUGCCUGCGAAGAGAUAAAGAAGAGCCGAAGCUUUAGCAAGUUGCUGGAACUUGUAUUGCUAAUGGGAAACUACAUGAAUGCCGGCUCCCGGAAUGCCCAAACCUUCGGAUUUAACCUUAGCUCUCUCUGUAAACUAAAGGACACGAAAUCAGCAGAUCAGAAAAUAACACUACUUCAUUUUCUGGUGGAAAUAUGUGAAGAAAAGUACCCUGAUAUCCUGAAUUUUGUGGAUGAUUUGGAACAUUUGGACAAAGCUAGUAAAGUCUCUGUAGAAACGCUGGAAAAGAAUUUGAAGCAGAUGGGAAGGCAGCUUCAACAGCUUGAGAAAAAUUUGGAAACCUUUCCCCCUCCUGAGGACUUGCAUGAUAAGUUCGUGACAAAGAUGUCCAGCUUUGUUAUCAGUGCAAAGGAACAAUAUGAGAAACUUUCCAAGCUACAUGAAAACCUGGAAAAGCUGUACCACAGCAUAAUGGCGUACUAUGCCCUUGAUGUAAAGAAGGUGUCUGUGGAAGAGUUUUUGGCGGACUUGAAUAACUUCAGAACCGCAUUCAUGCAAGCAGUAAAGGAAAAUGUCAAAAAAAGGGAAGCAGAGGAAAAACAAAAACGUGCCAGAAUAGCCAAAGAAUUGGCAGAAAAAGAAAGACUUGAACGCCAACAAAAGAAAAAACGCUUAUUAGAAAUGAAGACUGAGGGUGAUGAGACAGGAGUGAUGGAUAGUCUGCUGGAGGCCCUGCAGUCGGGGGCUGCUUUCCGCGACCGAAGGAAAAGGACACCGAAGCCAAAAGAUAUUCGGCAGAGUCUCAGCCCAGUGUCUCAGAGGCCUGUUCUGAAAGUUUGUAACCAUGAAAAUCAGAAAGCGCAGCUGACAGAAGGGUCACGUUCGCACUGCAAUAUCAAUUGCAACUCAACAAGGACUCCAGCCGCCAAGGAGCUUAAUUAUAAUCUAGACACUCAUACGUCUACGGGGAGGAUCAAGGCAGUGGAGAAGAAGGAAGCCUGCAAUGUGGAAAGCAACAAAAAAAAGGAAGUGGGCCUUCUUGGCUCUGUUUCUAAAAACGAAUCCAUUCCUGAAGUUGAAGCCCUGCUGGCAAGAUUGCGAGCUUUAUAAAUGAAACUGGUAAAAAAUGAUUAAGCCAAAUGUAAACCACGCUUGAAGCUAUAACACUUGAAAAAAAUUGCUUUUUAUGUAAGUUACUUUAUAUAGUUUUAAAUUAUGAUAUAUAUAUUAGAAAAUAAAGCUAAAUACAUGAUUGCAAUGCUUUUCUAUGUACUUGAGGUUUUGACUUAUUCCAGAUUGUAAAGGGCUUUAAUUUAAUGUUAUUUUUUUUGCCACCUGGUAUUCACAUAUUUUAUAUUUGGUGGUUAAAUUAUAAAUAAUGCUUUAAAGAGCAGGUAGGUGGCCAUGUGUUCAGCAAUGUGCCUUUAAGGAAGUACCAUCUUUCGAAGUCACUGUUAGUUUUACUUUACUAUUGUCACCAUUAACAAACAUCAAAGCUUCAACCUCAAUCUUGCUACAUAUCCAUGUAUAUUCUUUAUAUAGGCCCAGAUGUCUUCUGAAUUGGGAUCUACAUGCUAUUAGCAUCGCAUCAAAAACAUAAACAUGACUGUAACAGAGCUGUGAGGAAAUGAUUCGUAAGCUCAUUACCCUCAUUGUGAAUUCGUGUUAAUUAGACACUGUAGGAGACUGUAAGAGCAUUGAGCACAUUUCCACAAAUGAUGUAAUAGGAAUGUAUGCACUCUCUGUGCAAAAUGCACAAGCUUCUGUACAAAGUUGGACAUAUACAGUAUUACAGUGUUACUGAAACUCUUAGCUAAGAGAACAUUUUUCCCUCCCAGUAAUUAUGACUCUGGGAUAAAAUUCCCAAGUAACAGAUUUUUUGAUUUCUGUGAACAAACUUGAAAUUUCAGUUUCUUUGAUCUGACAAUCAAUAACUAACAAAAGGUCUGAAGAAGAGUUUCAAGGGAAGUUUUCUGAUGCAAAUGUUAUUUCAUCUGGGGCAUCAAAUUCACUUUGUUAAUUCUGUAUCAAAGAAAAUAAACUUAUUACUUGCACUAAAUG